UUUUUCUCUGCUAUGACGCAUGUGUCAAUAAAAGAGACAUCGUGAGAGGAUUCUUUGCGGAACACGUAAGCUUCAUGUAAUCAUUCGGCGGGAAGAUUCCGUAGUAAAGUGUUGUAAAGAAUAAACAGUGUUAACAGAAUUCCUAAUCAUGUACAAACUGACCGAAGGAGCAUUGGAUAAAAUUAUGAACGGUAUAGAUAUCGAGAAACCGGUGAUUCAAGUAUUGGGUCACAAAAAGCUGACCAGUUCUAAUUCUGAGCGGUACAGGUUACUCGUAUCUGAUGGGCUGAGAGCAAACUCAUUUACCAUGUUGGCUACCCAGUUAAAUUACUUGAUUACAGAUAAUGUUUUAACUGAAUAUACAAUCUGUGAAAUAUCAAAGUAUGCUUUGAGUUCAGUGAACAACAGUGGCAAGGAGAAGCGUGUAAUAAUAAUUUUGGAUAUCGAAGUAAUAGCUCCUGGCAACAAAGUUGGACGUAAGAUAGGAAAUCCAACUAAUAUGAGCAAACCAGAGGUUGAAACCACCAAACCUAAUACAUCUACAGCUGCAUAUCAACAUAAUGGUACCGCACAGAAGAACACUUCAAGUGCUCAUAAUUCCUCUUCUGAAAUAUCUACUACACCAAUUGCAGCAUUAAGUCCUUAUCAAAACAAAUGGGUGAUUAAGGUUCGUGUGUUGACUAAAUCUCAGAUCAGAACAUGGAGCAAUUCCCGCGGUGAUGGCAAAUUGUUCACUAUAGAAUUGGUCGACGAGAGCGGCGAAAUUAGGUGCACUGCAUUCAAUAAUGCGUGCGACAAGUUCUAUGAUAUGAUAGAACCUGGGAAUGUCUACUAUAUUUCACGUUGCUCAUUGAAACCAGCAAAUAAGCAAUUUAACACUAUGAAGAACGAUUUUGAAAUGACUAUGACUAACGAUACAGAGGUCGUGCUAUGUCACGAGAACACCGAGGAUAUACCAACGCUGCAGUUCAAUUUUUCACCUAUAAGUCAGUUGGAAACUAUGAAUAAAGACGAGAUAAUUGAUGUUCUGGGUGUUGUUACAACGUUUGGUGACUUGCAACAUAUCGUGUCGCAAAAAACUGGCAAAGAACAUAUAAAAAGGGACAUUCAUAUUGUCGACAAUAGCGGUACAACGGUGUCAGUUACAUUGUGGGGAAAACAAGCUGAAGAUUUUGAUGGUUCAAAUAAUCCGAUUAUGGCUAUUAAAUCGGCACGUGUUGGCGAGUUUAAUGGCGGGAAGAACUUGUCUGUCGGGAUUACAAGUAUCAUCGAAAAGGAUCCAGACUUUCCGGAAGCGCAUAAAUUACGCGGGUGGUAUACCGCAGGCGGCCACUUGGAAAAUGUCAAGUCGUUGUCUAGAACGGGCGGUGGCGGCGGUGGCGGCGAUAUCAACGCGCCGUUGUAUACCUUCCAGGAAGCGACCGAUGCGAAGCUGGGCGAGAAAAUUGAUGCCGCGGAUGUAUUCUCGGUGAUGGCCACCAUUAAUAUGAUUCGCGUGGAAAACUCUAUUUACAAAGCGUGCCCCUUAGAGAGUUGCAAGAAGAAGCUCGUCGAUCAAUCCACAGGAGUAUUUAAAUGUGAGAAGUGUAAUAAGGAUUACCCAAACUUCGUGUAUCGUCUACUAGCUAUGAUGAAUAUAGCGGAUGCUACAGGCAGUCGUUGGAUAACUGCUUUCAACGAAGACGCUGAGAAAAUCUUAGGUAUGUCGGCGCAGGAAUUGGGCGAAUUAAAGGAGAACGAUAACGACGCCUAUAUGCAAAAAUUCGGCGAUGCGAGCUUCAAGAGGUUUACAUUUGGUGUGAGAGUGAAAUCGGAAGUUUUCCAGGAUGAGAUGAGACUGAGGCAUACUUGUAUCUCAGUUUCUCCGCUAAAUUACAAGACCCACUUGGCGCAUUUGUUGAAGAAGGUUUCCAAGCUGGCAAACAUUGAGAAACUGGAAAACUAAAAAAUUUGAUAUAAUUUUGGUAAAAAGAGAGAAAUAAGAUUGUUUCGAGUUUACAUGGUCAGUAUAUAGUUGAAAACUUUAUAUGCGAUUAUCUCUAUCUGGUUUGGAGGGGUAGUUACGAUUUUUUGUUUCUUAUGAUUCCAACAUUGUGCUUUGGCUAUAAUAAACGCUACUUUCGACAUAAAAGAAGAUCAUUUAGGUUGAGAUCUUACUAAUUACAUUAUGUUUAUAUCAGAUGCUAUUAUUUAAGAAUAUUUGUAAUUUCCAUGGUAUUUUUAUUGUGCUAGUUAUCUAUAAACUGUCAAAACUUUAAACGUGUCUGUACGUUUUAUAUUACAGAUUUGUUUACAGCACGAUUCCAAAAUAAAUUCUCAAUUUACAUAUUAA